CUACCGGGAUAUUUGGACAAAAUAGUCAUAAAAAAUGUCCGUAAUUUUAUUGUAGUAAAAAGUUUUUUGGAAAAAAAUUAAAUUAUGAAUUAACAAAUUUUUACGUAAUACAAAUAUUAGAAUUUUUCAGAAUAUGAUCGAAUAUAUAUGUAUAACCAUUAAAAGCUUACAAAAGUUUUAAACUUUUUUCUGUGCGAAGUUAAUUUUUUUUUUUUUUUUUUUUUGAACGUCGAAAAUGAUCAAAGAAUUUUUAUUAUCGAACAUUUAUGUUAUCUAGGUUGAGCACAAGCAAUGUAUUUUAAAAUCAAUUUUGGACCCUUUAAAUAUUAAAAUAAUUAUUGUCAAAUCGAAAUCUUGCAUCGCUGUACUUAGUUAAAUAUCGGAAAAAUUGCUUCACGAAUUGAAUGGUUUUCCCAAAAACUAUAAAACGACGAGUUUCUUCAAAACGGUUGAAAGGAUUUUGGAGGUUAUUUUGCCUGGCUUCUGCCAGAUUCGCGCCCACUUCAUCACCAAUAAUUUCCUGUCGUCUGAGUGAGCUACGCCAAUGGCGAAGCAUUCCUUUCCCUCCAUUUUCUCCUUUCUGCCUUGUGUGCUUUGCUUGUCGACUGACGCUGACUCUUCUCGCUUCUAACCGGAGACUACCUCAACACCUGAACUUUUAAGCAAGAUCAAGGCGGCUUUGAGAGCUAAGAGCUAGCGAGCAUCUUUUGGAGGUCCUUUUACCACUGAUUAGACACUUAAAAUGUUGCAGGAUAUGGAUCCAAGAUGGGCCCGAUGGGCCGAAUUUCACCAAAAAUUUAAGCCGUUAUGUUUGGUUUGUAGGAAAAACAAACCGCGAGAAGACCCGAUCAGAAGGACGAACAGGGAAGUGAGGGCCAUCUGCAAUUACCCCCCGCCUGGCAUCGAGGUGGUGCCGGACCUUGAUGAUGCGGAUAAGUUGCACACCUUCAUCACGUGCACGGAUAACACUUCGAUAUACUUGAUUAUCCGCCUCCCAAAAAACUACCCAAAUGAGGGGCCAAGGGUCACGUGUAUGACCGACGCCAGCUGCACUGCGGUCUUCGAACCCUACGGCAAGAAGGUGCUUCUCAGCAUGCUUGGCACAGAGGAACCGUUCGACUGGAGCCCAGACGAAAGCCUGGAAAGCGUGCUCAUCUCAAUCCAGCGCUUCCUGAACAAUGAAGCAGAGCUCGUCAAGGUCCUAUCCGACCUGCAGGGUCAAGCCACCGCAGCACCUAUCCAAGCAACACGGAAGUGGCACCAGUCGAUCACUCCAGAUUUACGAAAUCGCCUAGUUUUUAAAACAUUUCGAGGAAUAUAUCCUACUCGGGAUGUCCAAGCAUUGACGCACAAAAAUAUUAAUAAAUUAAUCGAAUACGCCAGAAAAGUCGAAGGUGAUUUGUAUCAAAAAUCGACAUCAAAAUAUGAAUAUUAUCUUUUACUACAUAAGAUAACCCUUGAGGUCGAAGAUAAACGUGAGAAGAUUUGGCAGCGGGACCUCAAAGAGCUCAAGCAGCUGCGGCAGAAUCUGCUGUCGGUGAUGCAUAGUUACGUGAUCCCGAGACAAGAGACAAGCUAGAAGAAGCUGAAUAAGCAUCAGCAGCCCAUGAUGGACAUGGGAAUAAUUAUGACUUUUAUGUCUUCCAACUAGCAGCAACCAUAUUGAUCAAUUUGUAUACAAUACCUGAGCCUAUAUCAAAACUUGUUUAAACGCGAUGACACAUCACAAAUGUUUUUUUAAGAAGAGGUUUUCCAUUUAAAGGAUUUAAAGCAUAUUUUCUGCAGUCAUUAUCUAAAUGAGCAUUCGAGGAUUUAGUAAUAAACCUUGAAAUAUGCAAGUUU